AUGGUUUCUAGCUUCAAAAUCCUUUCAAUCCUGGCUCUGGCUCUGGCUCUUGCCAUCUGUGUGCAAGGUAAUCUAGGAGAAAUAACAUGUGAACGUCUUGACCAAGACACCUGUGCAUAUGCAAUCUCAUCGUCCGGCAAGCGUUGCUUGCUCGAGAAACGCAUAAAAAGGACUGGAGAAGAAGGAUACACAUGCCGCAUGUCCGAAAUCGAGGCUGAUAGAUUGAGGAACUGGAUUGAAACAGACCAAUGCAUCAAAGCAUGUGGACUUGACAGAAAAUCACUUGGAAUCUCGUCAGAUUCUCUUCUUGAGUCUCGCUUCUCUCAACAGCUUUGCUCUCCUCAGUGCCACGACAACUGCCCUAACGUUGUCGAUCUUUACUUUAACCUCGCUGCCGCUGAAGGUGUUUUUCUCCCCAAAUUAUGUGAGGCUCAAGAGGGAAAUAUCAGAAGAGGAUUGAUGGCUGAUAUCAAAAGUUCUGGUUUUGUUGCACCAGAAACAAUGCAACCGGAGAAAUACCCUUAUGCAUCAGGAGAAAUAAUAUGUGAGCGUCUUGACCAAGACACCUGUGCCUAUGCAAUCUCAUCGUCCGGCAAGCGUUGCUUGCUCGAGAAACGCAUAAAAAGGACCGGAGAAGAAGCAUACACAUGCCGCACGUCCGAAAUUGAGGCUGAUAGAUUGAAGAACUGGAUUGAAAAAGACCAAUGCAUCAAAGCAUGUGGACUUGACAGAAAGUCACUUGGAAUCUCGUCCGACUCUCUUCUCGAAUCUCGCUUCUCUCAACAACUUUGCUCUCCUCAGUGCUACCACAGCUGCCCUAACGUUGUCGAUCUAUACUUCAACCUCGCUGCCGCUGAAGGUGUUUUUCUUCCCAAAUUAUGUGAGGUGCACGAGGGAAAUGUCAGAAGAGGAUUGAUGGCUGAUAUCAAAAGCUCUGGUUAUGUUGCACCAGGACCAGACCACCCAGUGAAGUACACUUAUGCUCCGGGUCCAGCUGAACCAGUCACAUACACAUAUGCCCCAGCUCCAACAACUCCACCUUAUUAUUGA